GCUAUGUGAUGUGGACCCCUCAGCUGUUUUGAGAGGGUUCAUACAAUCAAGUUUAUUUUAUUUUAUUUUGUAACCAUUUACAAUGUAGUAUGGUAGUUGUAAGACUAUAUUCGAUUAAUUAGUAUAUCGAAGACAUGGGAUCAUGCGUAAUGUAAACGGGAAUUGGUAAACCUACAGAAUAAACCCUCCUAAGGCAUUGGAAAGUUUCCUGCGAAUUGAGGCGCUCAUGGGGUGUUUUGCAGUGGUGUACCUUCGUUCCUGGAAGAGGCCAGACUAGUUACUUAGUGCGAGGAGUGUGCUUUGCCUGUCAUCGGCAUUGCCUUGUCCCUAUCAACGGAGACACUCGGGCUGUAACUGUCUGUGUCCGCCAAAAGGGCAUUACGAGCCUGGCUGUAACGUUAGCUGAAAUAUGAUGCCGUCGACGUUGAUCCCGGUUGUUGUUGUUCUGUGAGAGUGGGUUUGUGUGAAAUUAUAUUCCGAUCACCGUUCAAAUCGGAAAGAUCAGAGAAACAGAAGGCUGGGAUUAAAUAAGGGAAAAUUGUGUGAAAGAGCGCGUGCUCUGAGCGCCGCAGAAUCGCAGUAGGAUACAUUGUAUCAAGUAGUUGUAGCGAUACAGUGUUGCUUUACUGAAAUACCAGCGGGAGACGAUUCAGGAACGUCUUGUAUUCGAAGUUUAUCGCCCAGCUGUAUGCAGUUGUCAAGGACAUUUGUGUGACUGUCCUGUGCGGUCUCUCUCCACCCCUGUUUGUCCCCACGGCCUAUCAUAAAGACGCUGAGCUCAGGGACUGCGCUGCUGUAGGACCCCAUGGCUCUGGGCCUUCCAUCCUCCUCCAUGGGCCCCUGGUCCCGGCUUGCUGAGCGGCUGCUGUUGGGGCUCCUGCUGGUGUCUGGGCUGGGCAUGGCCCUUGGUCAGAGGGUUUACACCAACACAUGGGCCGUCCACAUCGCUGGAGGACCACACGAGGCUGACCUCAUUGCCAGUAAACACGGCUUCGUCAACCAUGGCAAUGUAUUUGGUGACAUCUAUCACUUCCGGCACCGUUCUGUGGAGAAGAGGUCUCUAUCGGGUCACCGAGGGACGCACGUCCGUCUACAAAAAGAGCCUCGGGUGACAUGGGCAGAACAGCAGGUGGUGAAGAGUAGGAAGAAGAGGGACAUCUACACGGAGCCCUCAGACCCCAAGUUUACCCAGCAGUGGUACCUGUACAAUGCUAAUCAUCGUGACCUGAAUGCUAAAGGUGCAUGGGAGCUGGGCUACACUGGGAAGGGAGUGGUGGUGUCCAUCCUGGACGAUGGUAUAGAGAAGAACCACCCAGACCUUAUAUCAAACUAUGACCCAGACGCCAGCUAUGAUGUGAACGACGGAGAUCCAGACCCUCAGCCACGAUACACACAACUCAACGAUAACCGGCAUGGGACUCGUUGUGCAGGCGAGGUGGCAGCGAUGGCCAACAAUGGGAUCUGUGGAGUCGGAGUGGCUUACAACGCCAAGAUUGGAGGAGUGCGUAUGCUGGACGGCGAGGUGACCGACGUGGUGGAGGCCCAGUCUCUCAGUCUGAACCCACAGCACAUCCACAUCUACAGUGCUAGCUGGGGCCCCGAGGAUGAUGGGAAGACGGUGGAUGGGCCCGCCAAGCUCGCCAAGGAGGCCUUCCUGCGUGGAGUGACCGAGGGCCGUGGGGGUCUGGGCUCCAUCUUUGUGUGGGCAUCAGGGAACGGCGGGCGUGAGAAGGACAGCUGUAACUGUGACGGCUACACCAACAGCAUCUACACCCUGUCCAUUAGCAGCUCCACCCAGAACGGCAACGUGCCCUGGUACAGCGAGGCCUGCUCCUCCACCCUUGCCACAACCUACAGCUCUGGCAACCUCAACGAGAAACAGAUAGUGACAACGGACCUCAGACAGAAGUGUACUGACACCCACACGGGCACCUCCGCCUCGGCUCCACUGGCUGCUGGGAUCAUCGCCCUUGCACUGGAAGCCAAUAAAAACCUGACAUGGCGGGACAUGCAGCACUUGGUCGUGAGGACCUCUCAUCCCGCCCACCUCCUCACCAACGACUGGAAUACCAAUGGGGUCGGCCGAAAAGUGAGCCAUUCAUAUGGGUAUGGUCUGCUUGAUGCCAGUGCGAUCGUGGCUCUGGCUGAGAACUGGACCAACGCUGGGCCCCAGAAAAAAUGUGUGCUGUCCAUGGUGGCAGAGCCCAGGAACAUUGGGAGCCACCUGCUGAUCACCAAGACAGUGGACGGCUGUGUUGGGACAGCCAACCAUGUGAGCUCCCUAGAACAUGCCCAGGCCCAGCUCACCCUCUCCUACAACCGCAGGGGCAACCUGGGCAUCUACCUGACCAGCCCACAGGGCACCCGCUCCACACUGCUCGCUCCCAGGCCUCAUGACUACUCAUCAGAGGGCUUUAAUGACUGGGCUUUCAUGACCACACACUCAUGGGACGAGGACCCCCGGGGGGAGUGGACCCUGGAGAUGGUAAACGUGGCAGGGGCCAGCGACUACGGCACUCUGACUCAGUUCACCCUGGUGCUGUAUGGUACAGGCCCAGACUCUCCCAGCUCCACAGCCAAGGACCUCUCUCAGCCCAGUAACGGCAGCUGUAAGACUUUUGACCUACAGCAGAUCUGCAUUGAGUGCAAUGGUGGCUACUACCUCUUCCAGCAGGGCUGUGUGAGGGGCUGUCCAGCCGGCUACACCGCAGGGUCCCAGCUCCUCAGUUACACCAUGGGGAACUCUGUGGAUCCAGCCUCGGUCCCCUCCUGCCUGCCCUGCCAACCCCCCUGCCUGACCUGCAGCGGCCUCAGCCCCAGCGCCUGCCUCUCCUGCCCCCCUCACAGCCACCUGGACCCUGUGUCCAGCACCUGCCUGCACCUCAACCAGAUCCAGAGGGAGUCCCCUGGGAACUUCAUGGUGGGCCAGGGCAACACCGGUCCCCGCCCAGAGCUCAGCUCCCGCCUGCCCGUCACCAUCGCCGUGCUCAGCUGCAUGAUCAUCAUGGCCACCUUCGCUGGGGUGUUCGUUCUGCUGCAGCUGAGAUCUGGAGUUCUGGCCAAACUGCCCUCACUGGAGGAGGCCGGCUCAGGCCUGAGGGGGGGCUUCGGCCUGGGGGGCAGCAGCAGAAUGGUGUCGUACCGCGGUAUCCCUACAGUGUGGGGCGACGAGGGGGUGAACACUGACUCCGACAAUGAUGAGUUUGACGUCCACAAUGAGAAGACUGCCUUUAUCAAAACACAAAGUGCUCUUUAACCCCCUCCUGUCUUCAAAUUCCUUCUUUCUACAGCCUCUCCCCCAAUCACUCUGAGUCGUCUAAUUCCGGGCUCCCUGUCCUCCUCAUGGUCUCCUCUGGUUUCUCUUUCCUGUUUCUCUCCCUCGUUCUUCCUCUCAUCGAGUUUCAUUCCCCAGGUUUAGUGUUCCACUCUGUAGUGGGUGACGUGAUGCGAGACUGGAGUCACGUGGAACAGGGAUGGCCUGGGCGCGCUCUGCGCUCGCUUCACACUCGGGUGCUUUUCUAUUAAACUGUCUCUCCGUGCCCUUUCGCCCUCAAUCACCAUCAGACAGAGUGUUUUCUGAACACAGCCCAUUUCCCGGACGGCUCCAGGGUUUCGCUGUCACAAUAAACAAACCAUUAUUGUU